CACAACCAGCAUCAGUGUUCGGUUCGAGUGAUCGCUAAAGUAACAAAGCUUUGCCGUUAAGCCCUACAGAAGUUAAAGUGAUCCAGAAUGAAAUUCACCAUUGCCUUCGUGUUGUUUGCGCUGGUGUGUGCUGUGUACGCCCAAACCGAUGCCGCCAAGGAUGCGGCAAAGGAUGCGACCGACAAGGUGAAGGAUAAGGUUGCCCUUCCCGAUGCACCGAAGCUGGACAAGGAUGCUGUCACCACACCGGACCCGAAGGAUGCCACCAAAAAGGUGGAAGAGGCGGCUGGCAAGGCCAAAGAUCAGGCCGCUGAAGUGGGCAAAAAGAUCACGGACGCAUUCAAGCUGUAAAACGGUUCCGCGCUCGAUGAAAACCUCCCAAAUAUACAUUUCUUACACAUAACACAAGAAAGUCCAAUAAAUGUAGCACUUGGAAUCAAA